AUGGAUGGUCAUGACAGUGUUAUGGACUUUGAGACAGAAGAACAUAUUGGUUCUACACCUCCAGUUUCUAAUAAUGCUGUUUUGUUGCCUCAAAAGCGUAAAAAUCGGUCAGAAUCAUGGAAUCAUUUUACACCGAUGCCUUCGAACACAAAAAUGUCAAAGUCAGCAAAAUGCAAGCAUUGUGGUUCCUUAAUCAAGUAUAAUGGUGGAACAAGCGCUAUGCUAGCUCAUUUGAGAAUAUGUAGUGAUAAUCCAGAUAAUGCGGUGAAUGUGACGAUGCAUGAACCAUCUUCAAGCUCAAUGGAAAAUAGGGAAGCGAUUGUUAAUUCAUCCCCUUCGGUUCCCAAAUUUGACCAAGAAGUUAGCCGAAUGGACUUGACAAAAAUGUUUGUAGCCAUGGAACUUCCGUUUCAAAAGGAUGUGAUGAAAGAAGUUGAUGAUUCUAUUGUAAGAAUUCGUGCAGCGGUGAGGUAUGUGAGGCGUACUCCUUCGAGGUUUCAGAGAUUUAAGAAAUGUAUUGAUCAUGAAACAAUUGGAUAUAAAGGUUAUGUUGGGAGAGAUUGUGAGACUCGGUGGAACUCAACAUAUCUAAUGUUAAAGGGUGCAUUAAAACAUAAUAAGACCUUUACAGAGUUAGAAUUCAGAGAUCGGAAAUAUUUUAAUGAAAUGAGUAAGGAUAAAGGAGUGCCUAGACCGGAAGAUUGGGAGCAUGUUGAGUUAAUCCUUCCAUUUCUACAGAUAUUUCAUGAAGCUACAGAGCGUAUUUCAAGAUCUUCUUAUGUGACAAGCAACAUGUAUAUGCUUGAGGUUUUUGGUGUUGGAAGAAGCAUUAUGAACAUGUGUAAUUCGGAAGAUCAAAAGGUAAGGUCAAUGGCUAUAAAGAUGAAGGCAAAGUACAAUAAAUAUUGGGGAAAAUCUGACCACCUUAACAUGUUGUUAUUGAUUGCAAUGGUAUUAGACCCUAGAUGUAAAUUGAAGCUUGUGGUAUGGAUGGUAGCUAGGAUUUAUGAUACUAGUGAUGCAGAAUAUUUGAAAACCAAAUUGGGUUCAUAUUUGAAGUCUAUUUUUGAUGAAUACUCUGGUAGGGCAGUGUCUCGUCUAGGUAGUUCAGUUAAUAUAUCAGGUGGUUUUAAUGCAGUUAAUGAUCCGUACCAUUGUGCUGAAUUCUACCAAUCAGAUGAGUGCGGCACAUCAGAGACAGAAUUACAGAAGUAUAUUCAAGAAGGAGUAGAAAACCGUCCUCCAAAUUUUGAUGUGCUAGAGUGGUGGAAGGUGAAUUCAAGCCGAUAUCCAAUACUUGCAAGCAUUGCAAGAGAGGUUUUAGCCAUACCGAUAUCCAGUGUAGCCUCUGAAUCAACUUUCAGUACCGGAGGAAGGAUCCUUGAUGCAUAUCGUAGUUCUUUAAUAUCGGCUAGUGUGGAAGCACUUAUUUGUACUGAAGAUUGGCUCAAAGGAGUAGUUCCAUCUUUUCUUAGUAGUGAGGAUCUCGAUAAUAUUGAUCGAAUUGGGGAUGAACUAUAUUCUACGCCAGAUGCCGGAAGUUGCUCAUCCUUUGUGUCAGUUGUUGAUGAUUGA